CCACCUGAUGGCGGUAGUUGGCGAUUUACAGUUGAUUCGUAGAAGAAGAAAGGCGUCCGCCUUCCCCGGAAGUGUCGUAAAUUUUCUCGACUUUGUGUGGACUAAGACUCAUACUCUUACACGAUGCUGGAAAAGGCAGAACCGAAGAAGUCUCGGAAAGGAAGUAACAAGAAGAGACCGGACUCUGUGGAUGCUGGCCAUGGAGGGGAGAAAAGGAGGAAAAUGGCAGAAGAAGGGUCAAAGUCUCAGGGAGAAAGUGGGAAAAAGAAACUGGAUGCAAUGAGCGUUGGGUACUUUCGGCGAGUCGGGGAGCGACUGAGUGAAGAAUUUGAAGAUGAUGAGGAGAGAGUGAUGUUUGUGGAAAACGUCCUCGCUGAAGUGAAAGGAAAAGCAACCCUGGUGGCAACGGAUUGCACAGGAAGUGUCACGCUGCAGCGCCUCCUACCGCUGUCCAGUCCCGACCAGGUGGCAGAGCUGCUGUCUGAGCUGGGCGGCGAAUCCGGGACGGAGUUCAAGGCCGUUUCUUGUGACCGAUGUGGCGGCCAUGUCGUGGAGAGCGUGGUCAGGCAGGUGUCCAGGUUGACGGAGCCAUCUGCCGCUGCCGAUGAAGAGGAGGAGGAUGAUAGUGAUGGCGUUCUGGAAGUCCAGGUGUUGUCUUUAAGUCGAGUGGUAAGAGACAACAGCGCGGAAUUCAUCAGGCAUGUUCACGGCUCCCACGUGGUCCGCACGCUUUUACACGUGCUCGCUGGCUGUGUCGGACCUCCUCGCAAUGAAUCCCGUCCAGGUACAAAAGACCGCAACGCUUCUCCUCAGCUGACAGACUUCGAGAUUCCAACAUCGUUUUGGUACGAGCUGAAAAGCCUCACCGAGAGCCUGCUGGACAACGUGAACCUCAGCAUCACAAACUCUGUCGCCAGCGCAGUUUUCCAGACUAUGCUGACCGUGUGCCACAGGAAACGACCCAAACUCUGCAAACAGCUCCUUAAGCGAGUCAUGGAGUACCUGACCAGUUGCCGUUCGGCUCCAGGUUUCAGCCCGCUUCUGGUUUUCCUCAAGGACCAGGCCUCCAGUCAUCUUAUUGAAACCAUCAUCCAGCUGUCGCACAAGUCUCUCCUCCGGGACCUAUACAAGAACCACCUGAAGGGUCACCUGGUCGACCUUGCCCUCCAUCCGAUCGGUAACUUCCCCGUCCAGAGGCUAACGGCGGCCACGGCCGGGAACAAACUGUUCCCGAGCUUGUUCGAUGAGUUACUCCAAGGCGCGGAAGCCAUCUUGGCGGCAGGUCACAUGGGCGUCAUAGUGCAACUGGCAGAAAGCUGUGCUGAAAGUAAAGAAAGACAAGAAGAAUUAAUGGAGUGUCUGCUCCAUGCAUUCCACUGUGCAGAACCCGGCUCCCGACGUGUCCACUGCCUCCCUCUGUUCAUGUCCCUUCUCACCUACGAUGUGUACUACCACUCUGAAACAGCAGAGGGCAAUAUACAUACAGAGGUCCCCCUGUCUUCCAUCUGUUACCAUGGCUCCCGGCUGGUGCAGGCGCUAGCUCGGUUCCAGGAGCGCUCCCACCUCCUCAGCAGUCUACGCACCCUGACCCCGGAGGACCUCCUGAUGCUGGCAUCCGACCCGUCCGGCAGCCACGUACUCCAAGCGCUCGUCACCACGUCCAGCGACAAGGGAAGGGGCAAGAUCCUCAAGAGGCUGGAGGGUCAAUAUGUCCGGAUGGCGUGCUCCAGACUGGGCAGUCGAGUACUCGAGUCCAUAUGGAGCAGCUCCUCAAUCAGUCAAAGACAAACUAUCGCACAGGAGCUGGUGCCAAGUGAAAGCCAGCUGAGGUCCGACCAGUUUGCUCGUCACGUGUGGGCCAAGUUCGCUCUCUCCCACUUCAUUCACCGACGAGCCCACUGGCAGGAAAUACAAUCCGGCGAAUCCAAGAAGCGCAAGCUUUUUAAUGAUAUUCUGGAGUAAAAAAAUAAAGCAAAAAAAUAAUUUUAGUAUGUUUUAUUACGAUUGUUCAGAUACUGGAAUUAAGACUCUAUUGUGGUGAAAAAUCACUUCUCUGUUUAAUGUUUUUUUUUUUUCGCAAAUAUAUUCAUAAAUCAUGCUGUUUUGUGGUUGAAUUAAAGUGUACAAAGAAUUACCACUUCCGCAGGGAAUGAGAGGAGAGCCUUUUUUUUUGUUUG